AUGUCCUGGCAAGCAUACAUCGACCAGAGCCUCGUCGGCCCUGGCAACAUCGACAAAGCCGUCAUCUGCGACGCCGCCGGAAGCGCCAUCUGGGCCUCGUCCGCCGGCUUCACCGUCUCUGACGCUGAGCGCAAGGCAAUCGCCGAUUCUUUCAGCGACAAGAGCGACCCCAAGGGUGUUAUCGCAAAUGGCAUCAAGAUCAGUGGCGACAAGUACAUGACCAUCGAGGCAUCAGAUGACUCGCUCAAGGCCAAGAAGGGAAAGGAAGGCAUCGUCGCCUACAAGACCACACAGGCCCUCCUCAUCGGCCACCACAACGCCGACACCCAGACAACCGUCGCUUUCAACGACGUCGCCGCGCUGGGCGAGUACCUCAAGAAGAUGGGCUACUAA